AGAAGAGGAUCUUCAUCUCAUUUUUCUUGUUUGCUGACUGCAUGAUGUUCGGUCUGAGUUUGUGUUGGCAUGAAGCGAAAUGCGUCAGUCCUUACGGAGGACAGACGCUGGGCGAUGAAUUGACCGUUCCCGACGAGGGUUGAGGGUAUCGUACCGGAUAUCUUUCGGAUUUCGACGUCCGCUUUCUCAGCGAUCGAGUCAACAGCCCAACCAUCAUCAUCCUCACGAUGCGAGUGAAGAGUUUGUUGUUGGUACUGUCAAGAAAGCCAGACAAACUUUGGCACUGCACCAUUCACAGAACGAUCUGUUGCCAGCUGAAAUUGCCCUGGACGACAUUGUCGGUAUAGUACGCAUUCGAAGCCCUGAACUACUCUGCCUGUCACUCGUCUCUUGAGAGUAGCUCGCAUAUAUAGCUACCGUACAGAAUCGAAUCCAAGCAAAGAAAGCCACCAUCUAACUAUUAUAAACACACGGAAGCAAUCAACCAUGUCCACUCCGGUAUUUGAUGAGCCCACCACUACCAAGUCUUCUUCGGUUGCGACAACGGCUGAUUCGGACCUUACCACACGAAUGCAGCACAUGAUUGACUUGCAGAAUGAAGAGCAGCAUUUAUCCCAACAUGAACAUAUCAAAGAAAUUGAUCAGUUCUAUUCCUCUGGUUCUUCCCGAGGAGAGCCACCCGAGACUACCACGAUGCCCAUUGCUUCUGCCCAGCCAAAAUCUUCCAUGGGAGCCAAAUCCCUUUCUAGAUCUGUCGGUCUGUCCAGUCUCCACAAUCUGCAUCAAGACAACAACCACAACAACAACAUUGAAAGUAUCACUCCCGAAGUCUUUGGGGACGGAGUGGGCAGAGGCACUCUCUUGUUCAAUACUGAAACCUUGGGAUCGACAACAACUGCCGAAGAUCAAAGUCUACUGGCAACCAUGAUGCCACAAACACAAAAUAAUGCUACCUACGGUACUGCAUUGCCCGAGAAUCCUCAUUAUCAUCCUCCAGUGCCCAACCACCAUGAUCAGUAUGAGUUUACGGAUAACAUGCAUUACCAAAAACAACAACAAGAACAACAAUCUUCAUUCUGCAACCUCAUUGGCUAUUUCUGUUCUUGUGUGUGGACACUGCUAUACAUGUGUCUUUGUUGCUGUUCCACAGAUGCCAUUGAAGAACAAGCUUUGCACCGUUCGUUUUGUUACGGAGCCAUUGAUGGGAUGCUCACGGGCAGUGGCAUUGUCGCGGCAUUUUCCGGCAUGUCGGUUCUGGCGCCCACGUCGACACUCUCCAUACGAUUGUUCGUCAUGGCAUUCUCCGCGGCGGCUUGUUUUGCCGAUUCGCUCUGCAUGGCAUUGGGACAUGUCUGGACAACCCAUGUACUGGUAUCGGCAUCGGCACGAGAACGCACCCAACAACGAGUCACCAUUGAAAAGAAUAGACCCGAUGCCAAGGGAAAACUCGUCGAUAUGUUGUUGGAACGAGGCAUGUUGAAAAUCGAUGCCAUGAGCUUUGCGGAUACAUUAGAAGGAUACCCCGACAUGUUUGUGAGCGUUUUAGUGGGUGAUGCAUUGAUCCCGGCUGCAGCAGCAGGCACAGACUCGAAUGGGAUGGACCGGAACAAUCGAUCUUGGAGUGGUGGGAGUGCUGCUGGAACGCCUCGAAGUUGGAGUGGGCAUUAUGACGAAAAUGCCCGUUCACAAGAUGCCCUGUCAUCGUCCGUGAAUCAAAAUAAUGGCAGCUUUCUCUCUUGGAAGUUCCCAUCUUAUGGGCAACGGAUCAAUGAACUAGAUGAAGAGAUUGAUCCGGAGGCUGCCUUUGUCGGUUCGGCCAUGACAGAAAGCAGGCGCGAAGGUCUCUUCAUGAUGAUGGGAUUCUCACUGUUUGCCGUCGUCCCCAGUCUGAUUUAUUUGAUUGUACCAAUGGUGAUUGCACCUCCUUCCUCAUCAUCAUCAUCGUCAAGCGCCACACAUGACAAUGGAGGCGCCACCUCGGCAACCUCUGUGGUGGUUACUACAGCUGCUGCCGUCAUGUGGUGUCUUGGAGUGUGGAAAAGUCGGUUUCUGGACUCCAACUGGGUGCUGUUUGGAAUUGAGACCGUUGUGGUGCUGUUGGUAUGUAUCGGUGCUGCGUAUGGAUUGGGAGCCUUGCUCAGUGUUUGCUUCCCCGGUCUCGCCGUGACCAUUUCCAGCACCUCCGAAUUGGACAGCAGCACAUCCGAGUUGUGAAGAAAACGCGACAAUUCACUCCACAGAUCAUCUCGACGGACAGACCCAGCUAGUUCCAUACCUAAAGCAGCCGCCACGCCAAAAGCAGAAUCGAAUCUUCCAUGAACGUACCACAGCCCAACAUCAAAACGGCUAGCUGGCAACGCUAGGCGCGCCUUGUAAUUAUAGCACACCACGGCUCGCAACUUGGUGGAAACUACUUCCUCUAUUUUAUGCCAGCUCCCUCGACGGGAAGGCAUUGGGCUUUGCUGCGUUCGCUUCUACGUGGGGAAACUAAGCGGGCUUGUUGUCCCUUCUCUUUCGUUCCUUCAUGCUCUAAACAAAGCGCUCGAACUGCACACCAUCUAGCAUACCUCCCCGCAGCGUUCGCGUUACCAAUCGGCCAAAUCCGCUGGCAUCCUUUCGAAACAAUUCUGCGGCUUCCUUAUUGAGAGGAUCAUCAGGAUUUGGCUCGUAAAAGAGAUAAAGGAGACCAUAAAUGACAGCGUUGAUGUCGAGCACAGGUUUCCAAUCUUGUCGGAGAACUGCCAAGACGGCACAAAAAGCAACUGACAAUUUUCUGGUCAUUGUUCCGACGGGAAUAAAAUGGCUCGUCAGCAACUUGGUGUGUAUCAAAAAAGCUGAACUGACACUCGACGUACCGUUUGGCACUCCACCUUGGGAGGAGAGUGGGGGUAAUGAGGCGGAAUUGUAAGGGUAAAGUGGUAAGUGGCUCCAGUCCAGUAGCCAGUAUCAGGGCUAACAGAGACCGCGAACGUCGUCAGAUCGUUUGGGUUGGGGAAGGAUAUGUUCGCUACAUCGCCUCCAUCCAACUCAGCAAUAUCUGGAGAUGCAAUAUGCACAAAAGAAAAGACGCAAAGGUAUCAGCAUUGGACGAAUGUGUUUGUGUCCCGAGAGAAACACUCCAAGACAUUCCCGUACCUUUCUGGAUGCGGAUCUCCCCGGGCGUUCGCUUCUUUGCUGUCUUCCCCUCUCCGUUCUUCGAUUUCUUCUCACCGCCAAUGCCAAACAAGGACACCACGCGGGGGUCGCUGACAUCGCCCUUGGCUGCAAUCGUUUCUGGUUCUUCUCUCCUGCCUGCUGCUGCGGCUUUUGCUGCGGUCGCAGCCUCUCGUUUCUUCUUCAAUGCCAACAUGGUGUUUAUCGACUUUUGUUGGUUUUUGCCGUAUGCUAUCUUUGCUUUAUGAGGUGGUACGGAGAGGGGCAGUCCUCAACGAGGUGGCUGGAGCCGUGCCCGGACCUCAGUCCCGCUUGAAACGUGGAUGCAACGAAGCGAGGGAGCUGUCCACAGUUCGUAAAUAGUGAAAGACGGAGGCACCAAGCCUGGUUGCUGGGGCAAAUCAUAGUCGCAGCUUUCAACGUACUGGUAACAAUAGCAGCAUACCGGUAGCGUUUGUCAUUGGCAUGCCGGUCAAGAACGGCAACGCCACCCACUCGACUCGAUCGAAUCAUUCGAGGAAAGGGGGCAGGUUCACAGUGAACGAGGGGCAGUUUGCAAAGCUACCGGUGCUGACUGCUUGAAUGCCAACGCUAGUUCGUGUUCCCCUCUAGCUAGACUUGAAGAUAAACCAUCGAAAACCAGCUUUUGGCCGCAUAAAAGCU